AUGUAAUCUGCAGAAGAGAAAAAGGAUAUUAAACCCAAGAAAGAGAUUUCAAGGGGUUUCAAAGUCGAUCCAACACCUCACAUAGAUGUUUCUAAGAUGGAUUAAUUUGUUUCGUAGCUAUAUGAAUAUGGUUAAGCAGACAAAGGUGAAUUUAUUAUGAAUUUAAGAAACUAUUUCAAGAAAAAUGGAGAAUUUCUGAUAAACAUUAGAGAUUCAGCGGGCAACUAUCUCAUUCAUCAUCUUUGCUUUAUAUUUGAAGACUCAGAUGCCGAUAUAUUUAUCAAUCUGGUCAGAUGUCUAACAGGUAACAUGCCUGAAUCCACAACUCCACCUCCUAAAGCUACAAAGCAAAAUUCAUUGCAGCAAACCUGCUUACAUUUGCUGGCUUAACAAAAAAAAGUUGCAUUACUAAUGAUUCUAUUGAAAGUUUUGCUCGAAGAGAGUGAUCAUUAGGACCAAAAUUCAAAUAUAAAUCAAAAGGAUGGAAACGGCCGCACGUUCCUGCAUAUAAUCUUGAAUAAUAAUUUGAUUAAUGCGUAUGAAGAUAUAGUUAAGAAGUACAGUGAGCACUUAGACUUUGAAAUUACCGAUUAUCAUUUUAAUCAUAUGAUGUACAAAAAUUUAAAGAAUAAAUAACUAAGCCACUUAAAGUAAUCCAAGCAAUACGAUCAAUUAAUUGAGCAAAUUCUAAGAGUAGAUCUGAAAGUUUAUGGAGACAUUAGAAACAUCUUGUUUGAUAGAGAGAUAGGUACAAAUAUCUUAACUGACUUAGCAAGAUACUCAUCAUAGGAGGAUUUCUUUGAACUUCUUAAGAAAAUUAUGCCUUUAGUAGAAGAAUGGAAAAUAGAGCUUGAACCAUUAAUUAACUCAACUGCCUAAGAUGGCUCAAAUAUACUUAUGAAAGUCUUCUCUUAGUUCUCUGUCGAUAAUAUUGAGCAGUUUAUCGAGGUAGUUGGAAUUGAGAAUUUUAAAAAGAUUAGUAAUAAGCUCUCAAAAAAGAAUCUGAUGCAUUAUCUAUUCCAAAACGUUUAUCUGAGUGGCUAUGAGCGAACAAGGAUCUACCGAAGAUUACGCUUGAUUGAUUCUCGAAUGGUUGACUAGAAUGAUAACUUUGGAAAUUAUCCAGUCAAUUACCUAAUUGACAGAGUAAGCAGAGAUCAAUUAAAUUAAGAUGAUAAAAACUUGCUUAUUGAGGUACUUGACAAUACAAAUCUUAAAGGAUUGCAAGAUUACAGUAAUGAGUAUGAUAGGAAAUUAAAAAAACUUAGAGUAAAAUUAUUUACUAGACCAAAAGAAGAUUAAUAAAGUUCGGAAGAAAGAUGGCGUGAUAAACGUAAAAGAAGAGAGAAAUUCAAGUAAUAUAUCAAAGAUAAGAUUAGUGGCUUAGAUGUAUUUCCAAUACAGCCACUUGAGACAGCAAUAAGAUCUGGAUCAUUCGAAGUAUUUAAGAUUGUUUUUGAGAAAAAACCUGUCAAUCCAAUAAAUUAAACAAGCGAUUAAAAUACAGUCCUACUCGAAAUGUGUUUAAAUCAAGAAAAUUUUAAUUUAUUUCAGUACCUAAUUGAUCAUACUCCGCCAAGCUAAUUUGAUAGAAAUCACUGUACAUUACAUCCACUACUUAGAAUCUAUGAAAAAAUAUGCAAAAUGAGCUCUGAAAUAAAAUUUUAAUUUUUGGAAUGCUAUUCAUCACUGGUUGGUAAAAUUAUCAUAAAAGAUAGAAACUCACUUCAAUGGAUGUGGGAUAACCUUAAUUUGCCAAUAGAAGAAUCAAAAGAAAAGGUAAAACCGAGAAAUUAUCUAAAGUGGAUGACAAAAGAUACAUUAAUCAGCGAAGAAGUUAUUCAAAAUUUCAGCAGUGUCUAUGAAUUACUAUACUUCUUAGCUCGUACUCACAAUUGGACUAUUUAUAAUGCAAUUAAGGAUUUACCUGAAUUUUGGGAUGAUGAUUAUGAUAACACUGAAGAAAAACUAUUUCAUUUCUUGCUCUUAAAAGACUAAUGCAAAAGACAUGAUACUUAAGGAGUUGACUGCAUAAUUUAACUGCAUCCAGAUUGUUUACAUUUCAAAGGUACCAAGAAAGAAGCAGAAUUUAGAAAUGAGUUGAGUAUUGCGAUGUUCUUCAAAUACAGAGAUAUCAAAGAUCCAAAUCUUAUAUUUCAUCUCAAAGAAAAAUAUUAGAUUACUCUCAUUCCAUUGCUAAAAGAUAUUAAAAAGAAAGUCAAACUGCCCUAUUAAAGAGAUCUAAAAUUCAAAAAUCUCAAUAAAUCUCAAUAAAAGAAAUUGCAGAAUCAGCUAUUUUCAAAUGCUUUCUAGUGUUCUAUAGAGAUAAACUAUUCUAAAUUAGAGCCUUAAGAGAGAGAAUUACUCAGAGAGCAAAUAUGGAAGCAUGAAAACAAGUCAAUGUAUAUUCAGAAAUUGCAUGAGGCAAAGACUUUGUUCGAGGUAUUUGAUAUUAAGGAUGAUGCUAAUAAAGUAGGGUUUUAUAAUUAUAUUUAGCAACUCUGCCGAUAAUAGUAAUUCGACAAAGUUUCAAGUUUCCUAAUUCUAAUGAAACAACAUCUUACUAAGAAUUACUCUUUCUAUCCGAUAAAUUAUUAUGCUGAAGUGAAGUAAUUUCAAAACAACUUCCCAUAUAGAGAUUUUAAAAUUAUCGAGAUUAUUAGAAAAUUCAAUCUGAAAGAUGAUAAAUUCCCUCUAUAUCUUGGACAGAUUGAGAAAAAUUAAAUUCAAGAUGAUGAAGAAGAUGAGCUAAAUGCGAUAUGGGAAAACAUGAUGUAACCUGGCUCAAUGGAAUCAAAGAAAUACGUUGCUAAUGCAUUCUGUAUAAUAUUCAAAAUGUUUAGCAAAUAUGGUCCCAUAAAAAUUACUGUUAACGAUAAAAACUAUUAAUAAGUCAUAGAUCUUGUAGAUUAAGUAUUUGAAUUUGGGGGUUUUCCAUUUAUUGAAAUAGAGUAACCUCAUUCAAAAUUAGUAAAUCUUAUACCAAAAGAAAAGUUAGAAGAGAUCAAGAGGUAUAAUAAAGUGCUUUAAAAAUUUAACCUUUCACUCAAGAGAUAAAAUCUAAAGACUAUUGUUCAUGAAGUUGCUAUUUAACCAUAUGAUUAAUAUAUGGAGAAACUAAUUUAAUCAUUCUUAAAGCCUGAUUCUCUUCAAAAAUUCAACUUUAACUCGCAUGAUUAAAUUGGUAGAACACCUUUGGCUUUAGCUCUUGAGUUAAAAAAUAUGAAAUUUAUAGAGCUUAGUCUGACUAACAAUCCCUCUUAAAUCAUUAAUCAAUCAUUUCAAUACUCUUAAAUUCUCUAAAAGUUUUACUAAGAAGCUACAAUUGAGCAAAAAUGUUAGUUACUUGCGCUUUAAUCAAAGAAAGUUAAAUAAAUGGACAAAGGUUAGAAGGAUUUUUAGAAUUAACUUGAUAAGGGAUAAAUUGAGGACCACAUUAAUAUCUUAUACUCAGAUUCUUUUAUAGAAUUAGUUACCGAUGAAAAGUUUGACUCAGCAGAGUACUAGUCAGUUAAACUUCUAAAAAUUAAGCAUUAGAUUAGAGAAAAAUGCUAAAAGCAAAUGAUUUAGACAUUCAAAUUUCAGAGAAAAAUACUCCAGGAUAUUUAGAAUCGUGAAGGAAGCGUCUAUUCAGUAGAAUACUUAUUGUAUCAACGGUAGAUCUCUCCUAUGAGUUUCUUAGGAGAUUACAUGCAUGAAAUGGGAGCCAAAAUAUCGUUGAUUUAACUGCAGCAACUUGAAUCUCUAGGCUACAAUUUUUGCAAUUCAAUAUGCUCUAAAUUUGAAGAAAAUAGCAAUUUAAUGAAGAAUAAAAAAUAUCCAAUAAACCCAUUCUUCCCAUUCAAAUUUAAAUUUUACUAGCAUUCAUAUUUAUUGAAAUAUGUGCUGUUAUUUUAGCCAAGCAACAUGGAAUUAAUUGUUCAUAUCUAUGAAAAGAUUGAUAAAUAAGCAUUUGGACCAUUUUUAUUUGAAAUUAUGAUAUUUGUUGGGAGAAUAUUGGGAACUAAAAAUGAGAUAUUUAUUGAAUUGUUUGAAAAUGAGUUAGCAUAUACAAUGGAGAGACAACUUACAGGUUGUGAAAGUAGAUUGAGCAAAUUUAAAGGAGUAAAAUGCCCUAACUACGUACUAUCACACUAUACAAAAAGAGCAUACAAGAAUAUGCUUUGCGAACUCUUAGAUAUAUUAAUAUUCAAUAAUGAAGAAUAGAUGUUUGACCAAUUUAUCUAAGAUCAGGCUAAAAUAUUUAUCAAUAAGAAAAUGAUAAGCUAAGGUUUGAAAUCUGCUUGCAGAUAUAUGAGAUCAAGCAUAGCAAUCAAGCUUUGUGCUUUCGGAUUGAAAACAGGAGUAGAUUUGAAAGAUUACUCUGAUUACAUGCCAUCGCUAGAAUUAAAAACCACCUUAAGAGAUAUUUAGCUGACUUAAAUCAUAACUGAAAGUGUUAGAGAGUUGACAAUGAAAAAUUUUAUGGUAAAGAUCAACAGAGAAAUCAUGGACAAGUUUUUGACCUAUAUUAUUGAUUAGAAAAUGCUGUAGCUAUUCUUCAAACUGUAUAAAAAGAAUUACACAGGUAAACGUUCAGUUAAUAUAUUGUUCAAGAAGAUUUAUCAAAAAUCAAGUCCAGAGGUAUUUAAUAAGUUAAUAGCUUCUCUACUCGAUCUCUAUCCAGAACAUCCAAAGAUAUAGUAUAAGCUUAUGAAAAUUAUUAGCGAAAGUCAUAUUUAAAUGCCUAAAUCAGUAUCAAAAGUUCUACCUUCAAAGAAUCAUUAAUCGAGCAGAAAGAGAGACAUCAUGAAAUAUCUAUACAAUAAUAUGAUUGUAAUUUCUCAAAGUCAGCACUACGUUCAACUAAUAAAUGAUUAGUCCAAAAGACAUCUUCUUCUAGGAUAAUUAGAUUUAUCUAAUCAAGAUUUUGAGGAGUUUAGAGUGCAAAUUAACAAGUUAGCUAAUAAUUUCGAAUAAAUUAAUAAGACUGAAUUUGUUUACGAAGAUACGAUUAUGUUCAUGAAGCAAGUCAGCUAAUUCUAAUCCAAAAUAAUUGAUCCAUUUGCAUUUGACCAUAAGGACAUCCUAAAUUUAAACUUAGAUAAUAAGGAUGAAAAAGAUAUUUCUUCAAAUGUUUAUAGUCUCCACAAAUGGUUUAAAUCAACAAUAUAAAUAGAUAAAGAAAAUAAGGACAAGAUAUAAGAUUUAGAGAACUAAUCAAUUAAUAAGAAGUAGUUGAUUAUAAAGAAACCUUAAUAUUCUGUGCCAAGAGUUUUAUUCAAUACUGAUAAUGAAUUUGUGUGCAAUAAUUCUUUCGAGGAACUUUUAAUGAUACAAAAACUGGAAUUCAUUCUAGAUAGAUUUAAACCUGAGCAACUCAGCUACCAAAAAAUAGAAAAAAUAAAAUGCAUCUAGACAAAUUUAAUAAUGAUUCCUAGAGCUUUUGAAAUAAACUUAAUAGCUAGAAAUAAAAGAAUUUAAGCUUACAAAAACAAUGAAAUGGGCAGAGUCCCUGAUGAAGAUUAAAACGAAAAUGAAGUUAAAGCUUCUUUCCUUGACGAUAUUUUCAAUCAAUUUCAUAAUUAAGUUGAUACAAUCAUUGGAAUCUUCAAAGCUACUUCAAACCCUCACAACUAAGUUGUUGCAAUUCAGUUAGCUUUAAAACUAGUCACUCCUGAAAUCCUUUUGAAAUUCACUUAACUAGAAAGAAAUGAGCUUAGAGAUUUGCUUAACUAUGACUAAAUGGCACUAGCUAAGUUACUAUAGCAUGAAAAAUUGUACUAAGCCCUAAAAGAAUCACUAAUUCUUCCAAUAAUUAGAAAUACUGACAGCAAGUUUGACUUUCUGUUUGAGGAAGGAGCUAGCGAGUUAGAUAGAAAUAGAUUUACAGCUAUGAUCGUCACCGUAUUUUAUCAUGAUGACUUAGAGGCUUAGAAAGAGAUAAUAGAUUCAGAUAAAUGGGUAAAAAUUAUGGGUAGGGAUGCAAAGAUAAUAAUAUUCGCUUAUUUAGCAAGUAAGACAGAUUAGUUCGAUUAAGUAAAUGAUUUAUUGGUAAAACUAUGCCCUUACAUGGAAGGUAUUGAAUAAGUAAAUUACAGUUACUUGUAAGGCGCCUGGUAAAUUAACCUGAGAAGGAAACUUUUAAUGCCAAUAUCAUCUUCUUACUAUAUUGUUGAGGGAUCAAAAAGUAGCGAUCUUAUAUAAUACCUUCUUAAGAUGAAUCGCUACUAAACAGCUAAGUACUAUGCUGAGAAUUUGAAUGGAGAGACAUUUGGCUUUAGUAUGUUCUUGCAUUAACUUAGAAAUGAGGACUUGGAAAUAUCUCAAGAAUAUAUAGGUCUGUUUGUAGAUACAGAUAAUUGCACAUUAAAUUCAAACUUAGUGAAAUUAUCCUAAGUAGUUAUUGAUUCUAAAUCUGAAGCUAUCAUCAAAAGAAUAGAUCAACUGUUCGAUAAUAAAUUACUCCAUCUUGAAAUAACAGAAUAAGAAGCAAAUUAAGAUGAAAAAUCAUGUAUACUUAGCAGAAUGAUUCUUAGUGGCUAUAGUGACAAAGUACAAGUGCUUUUGAGCUUCUGUAAUGAAGAAUAGAAAGAGAAACUUAUUGAAUGCUGCAGGCCUUUCGAGCAAGGUGAUAUGGUUUAUGAACAAGAUCAUAUUCAUCCCUUCGCAGUAGCUCUAUAUUAAGGGAGAGUAGAUUUGGCAAGAUAGCUAUUCCUUCCAAGUGAAAAAUAUGAGAAGAUGACUAUGGCUGAUUUUGAUUCAAUCCAAGCUUAUCUAAAUAAGUAAAUAGUUCAACUUAAAAAUACUCUCAACGAUCAGUAGAAAUCCCAUCAUGAUAAAGUCUGCAUUCUGUUAGAUUAAAACCAAGAUUCAUUAAUUAAAGUUGGCACAGAUAGUCUUGUUCCAAAAAUGAGUUAAAUAUCUUAACAAGACUUAUUUAUGAAGUUGAUUUUGUUCCCUGAGCUAAUUAGUUACAUUUUAGCUGGCUUAUAAAUAAAUUAUAAAGAACAUUGGGAACCAGAGAAUACUAGUUGGAGUGAAGCUGAUCAUGAUAGAUUUUAUCAGGUCCAUGUACUAUAUCCAAUUUAGAAAUUUGCAGUACUCGCCAAAAGAGGCUUAGGCUUUAAUCCACUUGUAGAUGCAUUCUUUUUGAAAAUAGGCUUGAUUUAAUUAUCAGAUGUAAUGAAAGCUCACUUUAAAGAGAGUUAUAUACUCUAUAUGCUCCAGAAUGGCAAUAAUCUUACUGAUUAUUUUAAUAGCAUUAAAAAAGAUACAUAUAACAAAGAAUUGCUAUUUAAGCCCUAUGAUUAUUUCAAAUAAAGAGGACUUCUAAAAGGAAAUGACAAUAAUUAUACUGAUUUUGAAGAAUAACUUAGAUUGAUAGAUGCAGAUGGUGCUAUAAUGAGAAUUUUCACUUAGUAUAAUGAAAAAUUAAUAAGUUAGUAAGAAACAGAACUCAAUGAAUUUUUCGGAUAUAGUUUUAGAGAAUACUUUAAAAGAGGUUUUAAUCACAAUUGGUUCUGUCUUAAUUACUUCUUACUCCAAGUACAUAAAGAAGUAUAAAUUAACCAGGACUUGAGUGUAAUUGAACUCGGAAAUCUUUAAUGGUAUUUAAACUUCACUACUCUUGCUUAGGAUUUGAUUAUAGUUGAGACUCUUUAAUAAAUUUUCCCAAGCGAGAAAGAACUAUUCAAAAGAGACAUCAGUGUGAAAGAGAAACGAUCUAUAAGUUCUGAAUUUGAAAUUGGGAAUAGUGUCAACAUGAAUGUUUCUGCAAGAACUUUAGCUUUUAUCAUAUACCUUUACAAUUCCUACAAGAGAGAGGAUCUUUUAAAACCUCAAGAUGAUAUAUGCAAUUAUAGCUAUCAAUUCGAUAAGAAUAACAUUAAAGCCAUUGAUAUAUUUGCCUGGCUACUUUAAUCUUAAUGUCCUGCAAUAAAAUAAUAAGAAGAGAAGUAUUAUAUAGAGGAAUAUGAUUAAAUAAUUCACAUUAAUUAGCUUAUCUUGGAGACCCUUGAACUAUACGAGAAAACUUUUAAUAACAAGGAUGGAGAAUUUAAAUAGUUGAAGCAGAAACUCAACUUCCAAUAGCUUAUGGUGCAAGACUAAUCUAUUAUUCAUGAUUCAAAAAUGAUUGAUUUGCUAAAGAGUCUUAACGAUUUUGAAAAUAAGACUCUUAAAACUGACUUCUCAGUGAAAUUGGAUGCAGACAUUUUUAAUUUUAUGAAAAUCGACACAAAUAAUUAAUACUUCUAGAAGACUAUAGCUUACACCAAAUUUAUUACUCAAGAUUUGAGAUGGGCCAUUGAAAUUCUAAAAUAGUAUGUUGGGUUAAAAUAGUCAGCUACAUUGGACAUUGAAAUAAGUUCAUCAAAGAAAUCAAGCUGCUAAAAUAUUAUAGACUAUACAGCCCAUGUAGUAAUUAACAUUGAAGACUUAAAUAAUGUGAGUAAAAUUGAAUAACUUGGAGCAUAACUCAGGACUAUUUUGAUAACUUAAACUUUCCAUAAGUUUAUCAAGCAAUCAAAAGAGAAAUUAGUUAAGUUAUUCAAUUGCGAAGAUUUCUAGAUUGACAGUGAAAAUGAUCCAUUCAAAAUUGUCUUCAAUUAGGAAGAAGCAUUGAUUGUACAAGAUAUCAUCAAAGGAGAUUUUAUAAAAUAACUCAAGGGUUCAAUCUAAUUUGACCUUCAUGCCUACCUAGAGGAUUUAUUACUAGCUUAUCCAAAUUUGAAACAAUAAAAUAAACUAAAAGCUAAAACAAUAAACUUAAGGUUUAAACCAUACGAUUAAUGGUACCAGGAUUAUCGAUACAAAGCCGAUGAGUCUGUAGCUUCAGCUCUUAAAUUUGAUGAGAAUCAAACUAUUGACUUAAACUUUUCCUUGGAUUUAAAGGCCAAAACUCUCUAGUUUGAUGAAGUUUCAUUCUAACUCUUGCAAUUGGCAUAUAUAGAAACUCUUAAAAGUAGGUUUGUCUCAAUUAUAAAGUAUAAAAAAACAGAUACUUAAUUUAUGAGGGACAGAGGACAUUUUAUAUACAAAACUCCUCAAUAUGAUGUUGACAUUCUAAGUCUCUAUUAAAGAAUUAUAGUCAAUUCAUAUAAGGAUGAGGGCUUUGAACGUCCAAACAUCAUAGCAGAAAAUAUUCUACUUCACAAUGCCCAGAUAUAAUUAGCGUUAUAAAAACUAAUAGGGGAUCUAUUGACAUAAUUUGAGAGGAACUUUGAUAUAACUAAGUCAAGAUAUAAGAAGUAUAAUACUAGAACCUAGGUUUACUAGUUAAUUAGAAACAUUAAUCUUGCUUUUGAUGUUGAUUCAAAUAUUGUUAAUUUCCAAUAGUGCUUGGAGAUUGUUUCUGAUGAAACGGUUAAAAAAGACAUUGAUAUUGUUAUCUCUGAUUUCUUGAUAGACGUAGUAUAACUUGAAACAAAAGAUUAUGUUGGAAUAUCAAGCAAGUAGAAAGAAGCAUUAUUGAAAAGUAUCGUAGAAGAUGAGUCUUUUAACCUGCCUAAUGAUGUUGGCUCAAUUGAUGUGAAUAUCAAGCUUUUGAUGACAUUCAAAGAUUUAUGA